GAAAGCGGAGAGCUCCACGUGUGUAUGUGUAGCGCCGCGUAUCUUUCCACCGCCUCUCAGAAUGAAGCAAUUGCAAGCUGAGGAUGGAAAGAGCUCCCCCGACUUCAAAGUGCGCAGCCCGACAUUUGGAGGGUUGCUGCCAAAAUCAUUAUCGCCGUCCUUUCGGCGCUGCUGCUCGUGGCAGUAGUACUGUUUGUAGUAUUCGUCUCCCUAUACGCCAGCGACUCUCGUCAUCUUCAUCUUCUUCGUCUGCAUCUUCCCCCCAAGUCUGUCAGAGUGAGGCUUGCCUGGAUCUGGCAGUGCAGAUCAAGGGGGCCAUGGAUGAGAGCGUUGAUCCCUGCGAGGACUUCUACAACUUUACCUGCGGUAACUGGCCACUCUUCAACCAAAUCAAUGAGGAGUGUGGCACUGAUGCAUUAAGUGAAGAGAAAACUGAAGUCUACAGUGACUUGGCAAAGGUCCUGGAGAUGGAUUUCACAGGGGGGAACAGUGUCCUAACUGAGCUAUAUGAACUUUACACCUCUUGCAUCGCGGCUAAGCAAAUGGAUAACGCAGAUUUUGCUGCCGAUAUUUUGCCCGUCAUAAGGAAACAGUAUGAAGAACUUGGUAUGUCAUCUAGGUUUGGCACCACAGGCAUAAGUUGAUGAUAGCGUGCACAAUAACCAGUAACACAAACACCACACCACCCACAAUUCCUGCAAAC